ACUUUUGAUAGUAUUAUAUCGAUACACAUACGGCAUGGUGACUUCAGCCAGCAAUGCGAGGAGUUUCCAGUGGACCAGUGCUUCGCCCCGUUGUCUGUCAUUGCGCGCAGGGUGUCUGAGGUGCGAGAAGAGCUUCACACACGAAAAUGCAUUGAUGCCACGCAUGUUAUCAUGACAAACGGCGAAAGGAACCCGGAAUGGUGGUCAGAUUUUAGGGCGUUGGGGUUGACGCGGGUCGUUCAUGCAGCGGAGCGGACAGAGGAGAUCUAUGGACAAUGGCAUCCAGCGUUCCUCGACGCUAUCAUUCAGUCGAAUGGAGCUGGCUUCGUUAGUACUCGUGGUUCUACGAUAUCCACACUAGCUAGUCGCAGAGUACAGUCGUGGCAUGACGGAGCGACUCGGCUCGUUAGAUGGGGGUGGCGGAGCGCGGACGACCACUGA